AUGAGCGGGCCUGAAGGACAACCUAUUGCGCAAAGCACAAUAUUUGGUUGGGUUGUCGCAGAUUCUCAAGUUGUUCUUUCCUGGUUGUCUUCACCUCCACGAAAUUGGAAGCCCUUUGUUGCCAACAGGACUUCAGAGAUCUUGGACCUCAUCCCUCAAAAUAGAUGGAGGUAUGUGCCAUCAAAGGAAAAUCCAGCAGAUAUAGGAUCCAGAGGUUUGUCUCCUAAGGAUCUGCCAGACUGUCGUCUAUGGUGGGAGGGCCCUACUUUCCUAUCAUCAUCAGAGGCUGACUGGCCAAAGCAACCACCAUUUAGUGAUGAUUUUCGUUAUUUUCAGAAUGCAGGAAGUGAUGGAUUUGUGAAACAGUUAUGA